CAAACAAAAUAGUAAUACCUACUUGUGUAGAGUAUCAUCGAUUGUGUAGCUACCUACAUAAUAAUUUUGAAUGAAAUUGAAUUAAAGUUAAUAAAAUUAAAAUCUACCAUGACUUGUACCGAUAGAAUUAUCGAACACGACAAUGUUAAUGGAAUUGGUUUGGUGCUUUCGAUAGAUACAAGAAGUGGGUCGCCAAAUUCGCGACUCUUCACAAUCUCUUACAAAAAUAAAGAAAACAAGAGGUCUUGGCCAAAAGCCUCGCUGUUUAUGGCUAUUUUGUUAAAUAUUUUAGCUCUCUUUUAUACUAGGAUAAGUUUUACUGCAAUUUCUGUUAUUUUUAUUGUGUUAUCGUUCCUACUUUUCUUUUGGGUAACUCAUAGUGUUCAAUCAGAGAGUUUAUUAGUUAUUCCUACUGUGGGCAUACAAAGUUCAGUCAAAUAUGUAUAUGGAAGAGAAGACAACUUUAUACCCUGGUCGAGUGUGGAUGAUGUUGUUAUAAAUGAAGUUAUAAAAUUACAUCGUGUGCUGUACUACCUCACAGUAUUAGUUAAACCAAACACUCAAAAUUCCGAGCAUUCGGAGCCAAUCAAAUUAAUACCAUUAUUCAAGUACACAAAACCCCGGCUGGUGAUGCUGGAGGUGAUAUAUUCAGAAUUGCAAGCACUGCUGACCGAAACAAGAGACACAGUGGCAAAGGGCUCUGGCGAUCAAGGAUAGUAACAUGUACUAUGAUAGUAUUAUUAAAUAUGAUUCCCAUCUGUCAACUAUAGAUUAUUACUAAGAGAGUCAAUUUUGACGUUAACUUUAACCUACGCAGAAAAACGUUAAGUACGUUAUUUUAUCUUUACGUCAGCAGCGCGCCGGUUAAAAUCAACGUCAAAAUUGACGGUUCAACUCACCCUAUGUAUUUUUGUUACAUUUUUGGCAACAUAACUAAGAACUACUCAUAUUCCAAUUUCAUUUGUGUGUCUAGUCCAUUUCAUCUGUGUGCCAUGUAUCAUUAAAUAACUUUACCAUAGAUUAAUUUAUUUAUUUUCUUUUUAUAAACAAUAGUCAUGACUUUUAUCACCUACCUGUUAUCUAAGUAUUAAUUUACAUACUUGAUAAAUACAAGUAAAGUUUUCAUUAAUUUUUUAAAUAUUAAUAUGUUGUGAUAUGAUAGGUGCUCGAUUUAAGAGGCUACAUACGCACUAGCGCCACCAUUAUACAUAUUUUGAUCACUUUCUUUAUCUAUUAGUGAAAAAUAAUCUUAAUAAAUUAUGCUACACUAGGGAUUUUCUUAGAAAGUAUUAUAGUUUUUCAUUACACAAUGUAGUCAUAGUCACAGAUGAUAAGAGACAGUUUUAAAGUUUCGCCUAUUAUUGAUAAGAUUAGAAAUAAUAGACUGAGUUGAUGUGUUAUAUGUUGAGUAUGAUGAGUCACAGUUGGUUUUUAGUGUAGCAUAGUUAUUUAAGAUUUUAUUUUUCACCAAUAAGCACAAUAAAUUGGUAAAAGUGUGCCUUUUAUUAUCACGAAACAGUUCGCGUAACUUAGUUCGCGUAAUAUACUCGUAUACCGAAUGCCAGAUUCGGUAUCCGAGUAUUUUAUUUAAUUUCAUUGGUUUUUCCUUUCGGUAAAUAAAAGUUCUCAUACAAACUACGCAAUGUGAGCUCAGCGAUAGUGUGUAGCCGGCGUUUUAUUUCGUUAAUCACAUUUUCUUAUACAAUAGUUUUUACUAUAGUAAUUGUUAGUGAGAAUUGUAUUGUAACACAAAUUCAAAACGAAGUAUAUAUAUAUUUUUUUAAAGUAUUAAAAAAUGGCUUGAGCUUUAA